AUGAAGCUCGUCCAACUCAUCCGCGAAUGGUGUCGCGACUACGUUGUCUUCACCAAAUCCAUCGUUUUCAUAUUAGGCCUCAUAUUCAGCUACAAGUUGGUGGAGAAGACGUUUCUGAACAUCUUGAUCACGCGCCUCACCAGCGCGUGGGGGGAUUACAACUUCCGGCGAGCUGUUGUGGUCGUGAAUUUGCAGGAAGGAUCGGCCGCGCUUCUGGUGGCGUUCUUCGCUUAUGUCGCCGAAGUUCACACCGGCCGCUUCAAAAUGGCGGUUUUCUCCACCGCAGUUUGCAUCAUCGGAUUGUUGCUCAACGCUCUGCAAGUCGGAAACAACGAGCAACGCCUCGAUGUCCAUUUAUUCUACCCAGCACUGGCCCUUAUGACUCUAGCGCAAGCAGCACAAACUUUCACACUGCGUGCGUUUCUUGACGAUCAGCUGCGGCCGAGGAAUGUCACUGUAGCCCCCGCAGCCGCCCACCUCACGGAUGAGAGGCGCAGCAUGUUCUGGUGGUACUUUGUCGCGUUCAUUGCCGCCAUUUUCGCACAGUUUGGGCCUUUAGCGGAUUACGGGUUUAGGAAACUCGCAUUAGUGUUAGUGGCCAUGAUGGGAUCUAGCUUCUUACUGUUCUUGCUGGGUACCAAAUAUUACCUCUUCGUCUCCACGGUUCCGAACCCUCUCAGAGGCGUUGGAUCUGUCCUUGUCAAGGCGGUUGCAAAGAGAAAAGUCGAGUAUCCGCAAGCUCCAGAGGGGUUGUUCCACAACUUUAAUGGCGACCUGCAUAUCCCGCCUCGUGUUCCAUGGUUGAGGUGGGUAGAUAGAGCGGCGGUCGUGCAAGGAGGCGAGGCCGUCCCUUCCACCGUUGAGCAAGUGAGGAGAGUGAAGCUUUUGUUGAAGAUGCUCCCAUUAUGGUCGUGUUUCCUCACUCUGAGCCUGGUUGCCGCUUCGGGCAGCACCUUCUUCUUGGAAGAAGCCUACAGCCUCAACGGCGGAAACAUACGCAACAUCAUCUUCUUCGCCAAUCUUCAGAGGUUCACACAGGCCGUAGUCUUGGUAAUAUCUGACUACACAAUCACGCGUCUGAAACGUUACAGUGAGCAGAAAAUGGAACUGGUGAGAAUCGGAAUUGGGAUGUUUUGUUGCACGCUGUGCUGCGCAGUGGCCUGGGCAACCGCAGCAGAACGAAGGCAGCACCGGACUGGCAUGAGCGUGUACUGGCUAACCCCGCGCUACUUGCUGCUGGGGAUAACGGGAGGACUCGCCGGAGAUGGGCUGCAACUGUUCUACAAAUCUCAGGUUUUGGAGAGUUUGUUCCGAUUCGGGCCGCCGUUUGUCGAGAUCAUGAUGGGGGUUGGUAGAUAUCUGAGCAUAGUUUGUGUCUUUGUGUUUAGCGGAAAGUGGUUUCAGAAGGAUCUAGAAGACAGUCGCCUCGACAAGUAUUAUAUUUUUUUGGGGUGUUUGAGUGUUGGGAAUUUCGUGGCCUACUGUUUGGCAGCGCGGUGGUAUGGAGACGACGACUUCCUGGUGGACGAAGAGACGGGGAUUGUAGAGCAAAUGCUGGCCGAGAUAGAGCGGCGCCAGCGGGCUCUGUCAGAGCCCGAAGAGAGAAGAAUGCGUGGAGAAGAUAAUAGAGGGGAAAGCUCCGCCUCUGUCUCUGGAUUCGGACAGGAGGCGGAGGUAUAUGAAGACCCGCUUUUGGGGUCUUCGGAAUCCAACAAAAAUUUAUCUGCAUAUAAUUAUGUGUUGAUGCGCGCAGUGACGGUGUUUUCGCGUCUGAACUCAAGGGCGGCGCGCAGGCGGCAGUUGAAGGAUCAAUAG